AUGGUGCUGCAGGUCAUGUGGCUUUCUCGUUUGCCAUCAAAUGUGAGAUCGAUUCUUUCCGCUGUCAAAGGCGAUCUGAACACACUGGCCGACGUCGCGGAUAAAAUAAUGAGCCACUCAUCGUCUCCUAAAACUAUUGCUGCGCUACCACCAAUGACGUCUUCAAAAGCAAAUACUUCUGUUAACGAGAGUAUAAACAGUAUUUUGCAGAGGCUAAGCACACUAGAAAAGCAGAUCAAACAAAACGCCAUCGUCAAGUCCACACACCAGCCAUCAACAACCCAUCACCAGAAUUCAGGAGUUCGCCAGCGCAACACCACUCCUGGUCAUUGGAAACGCCAACCAGCAACUUUAGGUGAGGCUUCUUCGGUUGCUGGUAAGUCAAAUCGCCUCUUUAUUCACGACAAAAUUUCUGGCCAUCGCUUCCUUGUAGAUAGUGGAGCCGCCAUAUCAACUUUAGCCAUCAAAAGCACAACCAAACUAGUUCCAGAUCGCAUCGGGUUGCGGGCAGUCAAUGGAACCCAAAUAAGCACUUUUGGAAAAACAACACUCGCUUUAGACUUCGGUUUAGGGCGCAUUUUCCGUUGGGCCUUCACCCGUGCAGCGAUUCCACACUCAAUAGUGGGAGCAGAUUUUUUGAGUUUUUUCCGACUUUUAGUUGAUGUUUACGGCCGCAGACUUGUGGAUCAGAGCUCCAACAGCAGUACCUCACCUCUUCUCACGUCAACAGAUGCAAUCUCGGUAAAUGCCAUCAACCACAAUGACGUUUACCUCAACUUGCUUCAGCGGUACCCUGCUAUCACAUUACCUCUCAGCGACCUCCAAACUCCACAACAUGCAGUGCAACAUCACUUGGAAACAACUGGUGCUCCCGUUUACUGUCGUGCCAGACCAAUUCCACCUAAGUAUUACAUGCAAGCAAAGGCUGAGUUUCAGAGAAUGGUAAGUGAUGGCAUAUGUCGACCUUCGAGGAGUCCUUGGGCCAGUCCCCUACAUAUCGUAACUAAAAAGGAUGGCUCAAUACGACCUUGUGGUGAUUACAGGCGACUUAAUGCCGUAACUCGCCCCGACAGGUAUCCACUGCCACGCCUUACGGAUUUUCAACUCAUUCUGCCUAAUAAGUCAGUCUUCAGUCGCCUCGAUCUUGCACGCGCGUACCACCAGAUCCCCAUGGCUCCUGAAGAUAUACCGAAAACCGCAAUUAUAACCCCUUUCGGGUUAUACGAAUUCAUUCGGAUGACUUUCGGCCUGCGCAAUGCGGCACAAACCCAACAGCGCUUCGUCGACUCGAUAUUCGGUGAUCUAAACUUCGUCUUCACCUAUAUCGACGACAUGCUCAUAGCAUCCAACAGCCCAGCAGAACAUUUGACCCAUUUGGAGGAGGUUUUUAGACGUCUCGAUCAAAACGGCAUCACCCUCAACAAAGAAAAGUGCGAAUUUGGAAAGCAGGUUAUAACAUUUCUCGGGUACCAAGUUGAUGAAACAGGCAUUCGACCACCGCAAGACACUGUCAAAUCCAUGGCAGAAUAUCCGAAGCCAACAACAAUCACUGAGCUCCGUCGCUUCCUUGGUGCAAUAAAUUUUUUUCGACUUAGUAUGCCGCAUGCGGCAUCGCAUCAAGCACCACUAUGCCAAAUGCUUCAGGGCACAAAGAAAAAGGAUAACACACCGCUUACCUGGACAACAUCUUCAGAAACAGCUUUCCUGCGUUGCCGCCAAGCUCUAACCGAUGUCACCUCGUUAGCACACCCGCUUCCAAACUCCGAGUUGCGCCUCAUGACCGACGCUUCAAACACAGCCGUCGGGGCUGCACUUCUCCAGGUCGUAAAAGGGAAAUCCAAACCCCUUGGAUUUUUUUCAAAGGCCUUGUCGACGCGACAACAGAAGUACAGCACUUACGACCGGGAGUUGUUGGCAAUUAAGCUGGCAAUCGAACAUCUCCGACGCUUCAUCGAAGGACGGUCUUGUGCUAUAUUCACUGACCACAAGCCGCUUACCUUUGCUCUUCGUAACCCACCAUCAGCUUCAGAGACACCACAGCGACAAAGAUAUUUGGAAUAUAUAUCUCAAUUCUCCACCGAUAUACGUCACAUCAAUGGAUCCGAGAACGCGGCAGCAGAUGCACUGUCUCGUAUUGCAGCUAUAGAUGAACCAAUUAGCAUGGACUUCGAUGCUAUAGCCAAAGCACAAAACAACGACCCAGAGCUGAAAACAUUGAAAUCGGUAAGUUCCAAACUAAAUUUCACUAAUUUCGUUUUUCCCGGCAGUGAAACAGAAGUGGUCUGCGAAACAUCAACUGGCCGGGCCCGCCCUUUCAUUCCUGAGACUUUCAGACGAGCCGCAUUCGAGUCUGUCCACAACCUCAGCCAUCCGGGUAUACGAGCCUCUCGCAAAACCAUUGCACUCCGAUUUUUCUGGCCAUCUAUGAACGUGGACAUAGGGAAGUGGGCACGGAGCUGUCAUGGGUGCCAACAAAGCAAGGUUCAUAGGCACACCAACCCACCUCUGGGAACUUUUGCCGCAGCCGAAAGGUUCGAACACGUCCACAUCGACAUUGUCGGCCCAUUGCCGACCUGCAACGGAUUCAGCUACCUACUAACCUGCAUCGAUCGGGCAACACGUUGGCCAGAAGCCAUUCCAAUGGCUGACAUCACUGCGGCUUCAGUGGCUGACGCGUUUCUUUUCAACUGGGUGGCACGUUUUGGAUGUCCACUGCGCCUAACUACGGAUCAGGGCAGGCAGUUUGAAUCUGCCUUAUUCCAUCGUUUAUCACAAGUUCUCGGCUGUCAACGUAUCCACAUUACGGCUUAUCAUCCGCAGUCCAACGGGGUGGUAGAGCGAUGGCAUCGCUCACUAAAAACAGCUCUAACCGCAAAUCAUUCUGAGAGUUGGGUGACUGCCCUACCUGCCGUCCUCCUUGGACUCCGGUUAAUGGUGAACGAAUCUUGCACCACACCUGCUCAACUAAUAUUCGGGACAGAACUUCGACUUCCAGGAGAUUUUUUUGAAGCAACUGCUUCUAAUGAGCCAGUCAACUUUGUUCGUGAUUUGAGGGAGACUCUACAACGACAUUCACCAUCGUUCACCAGCAGCAGUUCAAGGCCUGUUUUCAUCCCAAGAGAACUAAAAACAUCGUCUCACGUCUACGUUCGCAACGAUCACGUUCAGCGUCCCCUGCAACCAGCAUAUUCUGGACCUUUUGCCGUUCUAGAACGCCAGCCACUCGCUUUCAAAGUUGCUAUGCCAAACAAAAACGUUUUCAUCUCUAUCCAGCGCCUUAAGCCUGCCUACAAACUAGCAAGUUCUGAUUGUCAAACCAACCCAGCUAAAGCACCCGGAGUAAGAACACCAAACUCAAUUAACUCAAGCGUAACAACGAGAUCUGGGAGAGCAAUCAAAACACCACAACGCUUCGCUCUCACAUAG